CAUAGUUGCCAAAUGACAGAGUCAGACUGCAUUUUAUUCACGCAGCUUUGUUAACAACGGCGUAAAGAGAAUGGGGGAUGAUUAACAAAUACAGUUUACGUGUUAAUCUUCGGGACCUAUGAAUAGCUUACAUAUUUGCCGAUAUUCAUGUUCUCUCCGACUUGGAGGAAAAAAAUAGCGAGACUUACGGCCAAAACCCCUUUUUCGUUUUUUGCCAAUCGAGUGUUUAUUUUAACCUUGUACAUGUGUAUUAAUAAUUCCGUUUUCCAACCGUAGCACUUAAACAUGACACAACGAACAGUCUGAAUAUGUAUGUUUCUAACUGAAAGUUUAAUAUGAAUACUCGAUGCGAAAACAGAAUCGGGGUUCCUCAUUAGGCUACUUGUAUGUACGGCGUAGAUAAUUUAAUCUGAAAUCUUGCAAUCUAGAACAUAGCAAUUGUAAAAUAGAUGUGCGACGCGUAAAUGGAUGUGAGCUCAUUAUAUUGAAAAGAUUAAUGCGGCGUGAAAAAAAAAAGCAAGGAGCAAGAAAUUUCCCCUAUCUUUCCUCUACAUUCAGCUGAGCUCCUCCCCCGCGCGGGGCUUCGUUUGAUCAAAUCCUUCAACUUGAACCGCUUCACCGAAAAUCACUUUUUACAACACGGCAACUGUAAACCAGGCAACUUGCGAGGAGUUUUGCGGCCGCACAUCAAUAACGAACAGAGGAAGACACAUAGAGGGAAAGCGCACGGCUAGAGAGUAUCGUUUCAUGGUAUCCGCGAUGGAGAGGAGGGUCAGAUUUUUUCCGAUCUUGCGUAUUCCACUUUGGCUCUGGUUUUGGGUCUUUACUUCUUUCUUUACGAUUGCCAAAACAGAUAUAACUUGCAGAUCAUGUCAACCCCUGGCCAAAUUGCGUCCGCGGGAAUUAUCGGGGCUUCUGGAGAUGGACAGACAAACAUUUGCAACAGGAUCUGAAGGGGAAGUUAUUAGCCAUGGAGACGGUGCAGUGGGUUAUGGUCCCGAAAGUGCGGAAACUCGGAGGCUUGAUUGUGCAGAAGAGCCUCCCGACUGUGUUUUGGGCAAAGUGAAAAAUAUACGUUUGGAACGGGAACGGAAUACUGGCCAGCUGCGUUUCAAGAAAUCGUUCGACAAGCGGCCGGAGCGUGGCGGAAGCGACGGCACCAAAAGCGGUGACAAAGUUUUCAACCUCAGAAUUAACGACAAGAAACACGACAGCGGCUGGAAUACCGUCACAUUUUUUACUUCUGCCAAGCGCAACGAAAAGUCCGCUGGUUACAACCACCGGAUUCGAAGGAGCAGUCGGGGACCCGGAGAAAAAAAUGAACGCGUGAAAUCGUCCAGUUCAUCCGAAAAUAAAGGUUCGCUGCCACUGAGUCACCAGCACGAGCGCAGCGCAUCGCUCCCUGGGCGCAGGUUCACUCGGUCAGAAUUAAGAUGGAACAGCGAAGACAGAAGGAUGGCCAGUUCACGGCAGGACGAUUUGAAACUUACCAGUUCCACCUUCGCCUUGGCCGGGGAUUCUGCUCACAACCAAGCGAUGGUGCACUGGUCUGGGCAAAAUAGCAGCGUGAUUCUCAUGCUGACCAAGCUGUAUGACUUCAACCUGGGCAGCGUCACAGAGAGCUCUCUAUGGAGGUCAACGGACUACGGAACGACGUACGAGAAGCUUAACGAGAAAGUGGGAGCCAAAACGGUCCUGAGCUACUUGUACGUCAGCCCCAACAACAAGAGAAAGAUCAUGCUGCUGACGGACUCGGAGAUCGAGAGCAGCCUGCUGAUCAGCUCGGACGAGGGAGCGACCUACCAGAAGUACCGGCUCAACUUCUACAUCCUGAGCCUGCUCUUCCACCCCCAGCAGGAGGACUGGAUCCUGGCCUACAGCCACGACCAGAAGCUCUAUAGUUCUGUGGAGUUCGGAAGAAGAUGGCAGCUUGUACACGAGAGGGUGGCUCCUAACCGCUUCUACUGGUCCAAAAUGGGAUUAGACAAAGAGCCUGGAUUAAUUCACCUGGAGACCAGUAUAUCUGAAGGGCAAGCUCAGUAUGUGACCUGCAAACUUCAGAACUGCACGGAGUCCAACAAAGGGAAACCAUUCCCAGGGUAUAUUGACCCCAAUUCCCUGGUGGUUCAAGACGAGUAUGUGUUUGUUCAGGUGUCUACGGGCGGCCGACCGGUCUACUACGUGUCGUACAAAAGAGACGUCUUUGCACCUAUGAAGCUCCCGAAGUACACUCUGCCUAAGGACUGGCACGUGAUCAGCACGGACGAGAACCGGGUGGUGGCGGCGGUGCAGGAGUGGAACCAGAACGACACGUACAACCUGUACGUGUCGGAGGCGCGCGGCGUCUUCUUCACGCUGGCGCUGGAGAACGUGGUCAGCAGCAUGGGGCUGGAGGGCAACGUCAUGAUCGACCUCUACGAGGUAGCAGGGAUAAAAGGAAUGUUCCUGGCAAACAAAAAGGUGGACAGCCAGGUGAAGACGUACAUAACCUACAACAAAGGCAGAGACUGGCGUCUGCUCCAGGCUCCGGAGGCUGACCUGAGAGGCAACGCCGUCCAUUGUGUGCUGCCGUACUGUUCCCUGCAUCUGCACCUUCAUGUCUCAGACAAUCCUUACACAUCCGGAAACAUCGCCAGCAAAGAGUCUGCCCCGGGAAUCAUCGUGGCCUCAGGGUGCAUCGGUGCGGAGCUGACCACCACCAACGUCAGCAUGUUCAUAACUUCAGACGCCGGGAACACCUGGAGACAGAUCUUUGAUGAGGAGUACAGUGUGCUCUACCUGGACCAAGGUGGAGCUCUCGUGGCGAUCAGACACACACCCCUGCCCAUCCGGCACCUCUGGCUCAGCUUUGAUGAAGGGCGUCAGUGGAGUAAGUACAGUUUCACCUCCACCCCCCUCUUCGUGGACGGAGUUCUGGGGGAGCCGGGGGAAGAAACGCUCAUUAUGACAAUCUUUGGCCAUUUCAGUCAUCGGUCCGAGUGGCAACUGGUCAAAAUUGACUUCAGGUCCAUUUUCAACAGAAGAUGCAUGGAGGGGGAUUACCAGACGUGGCACCUGCACGAUCGGGGUGAGCCUUGCAUCAUGGGAGUUAAGAGGAUCUACAAGAAACUCAAGCCCAUCGCCAGAUGCGUCAUGGGCAAGGACAGCUCGGUGGCCAUUACGUCAGAGCCGUGCGAAUGCACCGAGUCCGACUUUGAGUGUGAUUACGGGUACGAGAGACAGAGAGAUGGCAAAUGCGCUCCAGCCUUCUGGUUUGCUCCGUCCUCCAUGUCGAGAAGCUGCACCAUCGGAAACAGCUUCCUCAACAGCACGGGGUACAGGAAGGUUGUGUCCAAUAACUGCACGGCGGGAGUGAUGGAGGAGUACACCGCCAGGAAGCAGCCGUGCCCCAACCGAGCUCCUCGCGGCCUCCACCUCGUCACCAGCGAGGGGAGACUGACAGCCACGCUGGGCAGCAACGUCACCUUCCUGCUCUUCCUGGAGGAGGGCGACGGCUCACGCACGAGCAUCACGGUGGAUUUCGGAGACGGCAACGCGGUGACGUACUCCAACGUGAGCUCGAUCGAGGACGGGAUCCGGCACGUCUACAAAAGCGUGGGGAUCUACAAGGUGUCCGCCACGGGGGAGAACAGCCUGGGGUCCGACAGCGUGGUGCUCUACCUGCACGUCACCUGUCCGCUGGAACACGUUCAUCUCUCCGUCCCCUUUGUGGCGGUGAAGAAUAAAGAAGUCAACCUCACCGCCGUCCUGUGGCCGAGCCAGGUGGGCACAGUCACCUACAUCUGGUGGUUCGGAAACAACUCUGAGCCGGUGAUCACGCUGGAGGGCAGCGUGGCGUUCACCUUCUCCCGGGAGGGCGUCAGCACCGUCACCGUGCAGGUCUCCGCCGGCAGCGCCAUCUUGCAGGACCGGAAGACGGUGGCCGUCCACGAAUAUUUCAGGUCGCAUCUUUUGGCUUUUUCCUCAAAUUUGGACGAGCACAAUCCGGAUGUGACUGAGUGGAGAUUGGACGUUAGCAGAGUGAUCAAGAGCUCCAUGAUCCACGCCACGGGGGUCAGGGAAGACCAGCUUCUGGUCACCGUGCUCCCCGGGUUGCCGACGGCAGCAGAGUUCUUCCUCCUGCCGGAUAAGGAGUUACCCGAGGGGAAGCCGGACGGCACGAUGACACAUUUAGAUCAGCUCUCUGAAGUGCUGCUCAGCGCCCUUAAUCAGAACCUUGUGCAGUUCACGCUUCGGCCUGGGGUUCGAGUCACCGUCUACGCUGCGCAUUUGUCAGCGGCGCCCCUGGUGGACAUUAGUGAAAAUCACAGUGGCUCUGCGAUGCUCAUGCUGUUGUCUGUGGUCGUUGUGGGUUUAGCGAUCUUUGUCAUCUAUAAAUUCAAAAGGAAGAUCCCAGGCCUCAAUGUCUAUGCGCAAAUGCAGAACGAAAAAGAGCAAGAAAUGAUGAGUCCAGUGAGCCCCGCCGAGGACGCUCCGGACCCGCGGAGGGAUUUGCCGGCUUCUCCGGAGCUUCUGGACACAACGUUGGACACACAGGCUACAGGUUGCGUUAAACCUCACACGAAUAUCACAUUUUCCACGGAACUCCCCACGUACGUCAGCGUUUAAACUCCGGAACCCGAACAGUCGACCCAGUCGCGUUUUGGACUUUAGACCAUUCAGACACAAAGGUUUUUAGCUUUAUACCUGUGCAUGUUGGACACUGCUGACACAAACCGUGCUCUGUGCAUACCAGAAUAAACUGUGUACAGGUUUUUUUUAUAUGUCUCUGUAAUAAAUACAAACAUUUUGAUUACAUUUAUUUAUAUAAAAUACGAUACAUAUGAUACUACUUUAGGGGGAAAUACCUGCAUGUAAACAAUAACCAUGUGGUUUGCUAAAAUGGCUUUUUACAUCAUUUUGCUUUAUUUUAAUGCUAACAAGAGUGAUACAUUAUUUAUUCAUGAGGAUAUAUUUAAUUUUUAAAAAUUCAUAUUUUUUGUAAAUCAUGAAUGUGACGUAUGUAUGAGUUUUAACAUAAACUAAACUGAAAUAUUAUAUUUGAAUGAGAGAUUGGCGAAUGAAACAGAGAUAUUUUGGUCUGUAGUUUCUCGGCAAAAAAGAUAUUGCACAAUGCAUAAUUCAGUUCUUUGGUUUGUUUUCACAUUUCUGUGACUAUUUAAAAAAUGGAUUUGUAACAAUGCACACAAUAUUAGACGCAGGGUUAGUUGUUAUCGGUUUGAUGUAAUUUUCUUUCCAUUAUGAUGUAUUCUUCUGUCUGCAAAAAAAACCCCAUAUAUUUAUGAUAAACACUUUGAAAACUGUAUAUAAUAUAAUUGUAUACUGUAGCCACUACUCUUGAAGAGGUAUGACUAGAUGAAACCAUUCAAGAACUAAAAACAACCGUGUGAUAGGGUUGGGGCGUUAUCCGGCGAAACCGUAAUACUGUGGCAUACAAUACCGAUGGUGUUUUUUCAACGCCGUCCAGUCCGUUAAUGCACCAUUUUUAGAGUGCAUGUAUUGAACUAGCAUUCCUUAAAAACAGCAUCUCGUCCUGAAGCACUGCCACCCUUUUUCAGAAGUUACGCAGCGAUACCGGUGGCACCGGUGGGGGAAACUGUGUAGUGAUCCUGCUGCAGAUUGGACCGUUGUAAAAGAGACACGACUGUGGCUUAAGAUUUGGUUGCCAAAAUAAGUGACGGCCCCAUCGUGGCAGUACGCGGCCUUGUGCCACAUUAUGAAGGGAACCCCUGAUAUUUCGAUGAGGUCGUCUGUAGUGGUGAUGACCGAAGGAAGGCCAGGUGACGAUUCGUAGUGCUCGUGCUCAUGAGCUCAUUGCCUGCAUUUCCCGCCUUUUUGUUGUGCGCUCCUCAAGGAUACAGGGCCUUCUACGGUUUAGUGCAAAUAUUCAAUUUCACAUCUCAGAGCAAUGUCGUUUUAUUUUAUUUUUUCGUACAUUGAGAAUUCAUAUCCAUACCCCCCCCCCCCCCAAAGUUGAGGGAGUUCCUGUGGGAAAAGUAGUGGUUUCAGAAAAAGCCUGAAAUGGUGGCCAAAAAAAAUCUCCCCGAUGGGAGGAAAUCUUGGGAGGAACCCGGCGAUGGAGGGGAAGCCCAUCCUCCACUGGCCGGCCAGGUGUAAAAUAGCGGUAGAAUGGAAUGUAACCGAAAUGUAAUAAGGGAUCUAUCACAGCAAAUAAAAUGGGUUGAGUAGGUUAAUACGCUGCAGCUGCAAUAUGCAACAUGUGCCAAUCGAGGGGUCAAAUCAGUCCACUAGCUAAAAAGAUGAUUUCACUAGGGAGCUAUUUGGAUGUAUUUUGUUAUAGCUAUGUAAAAAAAAAAACUGUAAAACUUGGAGUGGAUUUGUACUCAUGGCUGUGUGUGCCAGAGGAUACACAGGAACGGGAAUCUUUGCCACAGAGGGGUGUGAUGGGUGUGUGUGUGUGUGCCAACAUAAAAUAACCGAUGGGCCACAUUUUGUCCGAAAACCCGGCUGUACCCCUGCAGGAGGGAACCUUCCUACGGAAUGUUUAGGAUAUCGUAGGCGUACGUGAGCGCUGUGAACUAUAAGCAGCUGGUAGAACUACAAACGUAGCAAACGUAUCGACAUGCCAGCGUUUUUCAGCUGUCACUAAUGAAAUGGUGAUACUGGGCUAUUUUUCAGUGAAGGUAUGACGGUGUGAAAAUCUGGAUACCGCCCAACCCUACUGGAUAACUGUAUAUUACUUUGUUUUUUUCAGCCAUGUAUAUGUAUAGUUACAUUUAAAUGUUUUAAUGUCGAUUUAAUUUUAAUAUGUUCUUUGUAAAGGCAUUUGUAAAGAUAUUUUUCUCGGCCAACAUUAAUUUUAUUUUUCUAUUUUUUAUUCAUUUAUUUUUUUUAAAUUUACCUCCCCCCUGCUUGUAGUAUUCUUUUGACAACAGGUAAACCACAAGACUUUGAAAGGUCAUGGAGGAAUCCUUGUUUAUCUACCUUCAAAAAUCUGUUCCCUAUGAGUGUUUUGUUAUUAUUUUAUUCCCAGAACUGUAUGAUUGAUUCAGACAACAAAUUUGAAAUAAUUCAUUUGAGUCAUAGCUGACACCAAGCAUAGUUUGGUUCCCAUAAUGUACAGUACUGCUCAACCCUUAUCUAUGAACUCUGUACUUUCCACACACAUUUCAAGAAAAAUAUCAUUAUUAAACUCCGUCUGAUAACUGGCACAACACAUUUUCAUUCAUCCUGAAGAGUUCAAUGUGUCGAGGUUGAAUGUAGACCGUUUCUUAUAAACCAUAGAAUCAAAUGUAUAGAGGUCUGUGUGCAUGUUUUAAAAUGGACCUUUUUUUAUUAUCAGUGUUUUUCCUCUUCUCCCACGGCGCGCCGUGACCUGGCUUUGUCCUGAUUUGCGGAGGUAUUUGUUAGGGGCCAAGAAUCGGCUUUCAGAUGGUGUGUGGCAUCAGGGUCAGUGCUGCGGGGAUUUCAUUGACCCUUGACUCACAGGAUCCGGAGUAGUCGUUUUUUCUGAAAACACGUCCUUCGUAGCGGCCCUCAGAAGACGCGCCAUCCUGAAGAAGCGCGGCAGUACACAUCGGCCCAGUCGCUGCUGUUCCAUCAAAACACGGCAGAAAGGAAAAUGUACACAGUUGGAGAGGGAAAAAAAAAUGUGAUUCCUGAUUUGAUUUUUUUUCCACAGGCAUAUUGAAGACACUUAAACUUUUCUUUUCCCUUAUUGUCAGAAAAUGACAAUAAAACAGAAGACAGAUUUACUGUGCAAAGGUUACAGAUAUGGCUUAUGCCAUCUGUUUUCUUUGGGGAUGAGAGUUGUGAACUCCAGCUGGCAUAUUGUGUGCUUUAUGCGCCGUUUGUCUUUCCUUAUGGUAAAUAUCAAUGGCAAAAUAUCAGAAUUUAGUUCCAAAAGAAUUUAAUACAAAAUAUUACGGCUUGGCAGAGGUACGUGUCCUCUUGCCGUUGAAUUGGAAAUGAAAUAGACACUGAACCCUUUAUAGUACUACUUCAAAGAGAUUCUGUGGCCAAGGAGUAACGCAAAAAGAUCAUUGGUUAAAACGCAUCACGUGACCGAAGCGAAGUUAAGCAUACAGAUGUGAGCCGGUCCGAGCCAUCCAUCCCACCACCCUGGUUAGUGAGCUUAUUUUUGUAGAGGACAAAGUUUUAUUACUGUAAAGCUUUUAUAUAAAAACGAAUUUUAGAUGUGUAGUCUUUUGUUGAAAUACAACUCUGUUCCAUGUGCAGUUGUUUCCGUUUCUUGCAUUUGCAAUCAUAUUUAUUAAAUGGAACAAACGGUU